AUGUUGCCUUCCCAAGAAGCCUCCAAGAUCUACCAUGACAAUUAUAUGCGCAACUCCCGGGCCAUCGGGGUGCUGUGGGCCAUCUUCACCAUCUGCUUCGCCAUCGUCAACGUGGUGGUGUUCAUCCAGCCCUACUGGAUCGGCGACAGCGUCAACACGCCGCAGGCUGGCUACUUCGGCCUCUUCCACUACUGCGUGGGCACCGGGCCGUCGCCCAGCCGGGAGCUCACCUGCGUGGGCAGCUUCUCCGACUUCAGCUCCAUCCCGUCCGGAGCCUUCAAGGCGGCCUCGGUGUUCGUGCUGCUGUCCAUGGUGCUGAUCCUCAGCUGCAUCGCCUGCAUGGCGCUCUUCUUCUUCUGCAACACCUCCACCGUUUACAAGACCUGCGCCUGGAUGCAGCUGCUGUGCGGAGUGUGCCUGGUGCUGGGUUGCAUGAUCUUCCCCGAUGGAUGGGACGCCGAGGUGAUCCGGGACAUGUGCGGGGAGCAGACGGGGAAAUACUCCCUGGGCGACUGCUCCGUACGCUGGGCCUACAUGCUGGCCAUCAUGGGCAUCUUGGACGCCCUCAUCCUCUCCUUCCUGGCCUUCGUCCUGGGCAACCGGCAGACAGACUUCUAUCUUGACGAUCUGCAGACAGACAACAAAGAUUUUGCUGUGUCAAGGAUUGAGGUGCGAGAUAGAAGAGAGCCACGGUACGGAGUGCAGCGUCUCCACUGA